UUGUGUUGCUAGGCACACAAAUCAUUGAUUCUGAUUUUUAACAUCGGAUACAUUUAUUGGAUAGUUUUACAAUUCCUGCAGUCUGAUCUUGAUGAGCAAUCACGAGGGUACUCUUCUAGCAAUCAUUCUUGAUCUUAAUAUCGACUCCUGGAUUCUUCAAACAGAACAAAGCAGAGAUUCACCAGCUCAGUUUAUUGAAUGCUUAGAGGGACUCUUUGGCUUUAUUGGAUCGUUUAUUGUUCAGAGUCAUUGCAAUCAGCUCCUAUUUGCCGUCUAUGGUGCAGGAGAACCAACGAUAUUGUUUCCCAAGUGCGAUGAAAACAUUGCACUGAAUUUAAAGUUUCACUCACAACAGCCCAAGAAUGUGCGAAGAUUUCUAUUUCCCAAGAUCAUUGAGCUCAUGAAGAGCGAUCAUGCGGUAAAGUCUUCUCUUGAUUCCUGUCUUUCCCGAACUCUUUGUUAUAUCCUUCUAUUUUGAGUCUCUUUUAUUCUUCAUGCUUCCUUCACUAUAAUUAUAAACAAACAUGCUGACCCUGAACUAGGAAAGCGCAUCUUAGUGUUGAAUAUCACGGAGCAACCUAUUCACGACUAUAUGCAGUUUAUGAACUCCGUGUUUUGUUACAGAACGACCUGCCCCAUCGAUAUCUGCCAGCUGUACAACAAGCAUUCUCCCUUUUUGAAGCGAGUCGCCAAGCUGUCGAAUGGUUUGUAUGUCAAAGCCCCUUCAAGCAAAUCGCUCUUUGGGCUGCUCUCCUACUACUUUCUGGCGGAUGCAGAGGUGCGGAAGAACAUUAUUGUCCCAACCGAAAACAUCGAGCCUAUGAAAGUCACUUGCUCGUGCCAUGGAAAGCCGAUUCAGAAUGAUAUUGCAUAUGUGUGCACGGUGUGUCUGUCGAUUCUGUGCAGCUAUCAUGACCAUUGUCCAAUCCAUCAAUUCGAUU